UGUGUGUGUGCGCGCGCGUGUACAGGCAGUUACAACAAGAAUACUUCCCGGUAUUUGCUAAAGAGCCACUCGGUUUGUCAUAAGUCAGCCUCACUGUGAGAUAGCUGCUGGUUAGCGAUGUUCAGGCCCGAGAACAAGGCGAGGAGGAGGUGACACACACGCACACCACGAGCUGUCCAGAAAACAAGCAGUUGUUGGCAGAAGCAAAAUCCCGGAACUUGAAACGGUAGGAAACGAGCUAACGGUAGCUAGCUUUUUGCUGUCAGACCACAACCCGACCUCAUUAAAAGUAACCGUAUCGUCGGCUCGCCAACUACUUUCGGAUUUGAACCGGCGACGGUGGUUUAGGAGCUCGAGAGACUUCUUUUUGGACCGAAACUCGGCGUCGAAGUUUCCGUCACUUUUAACCACUUGUGGAUCCAGAAGAUGGCUUCAAGAGGAGGCUUCACUCCGAUGAAUAUGAACGUGAGCCCCAUGCAUGUUGGGCACCCCGCGGGUAUGAGGAUGCCAGGUCUGCCCCAAUCUCCGGCGGGAUACCCCCGGAGCAUGAGCAACGCGCCCCUGUACCCCCAGCGCUCAGGGAUGCCAUCCAACAGAUUGGGGGGCCCCAUGGGGUCAAUGGGGGGCCAGCUGCCUGGUCCUUCUUAUGGUGGUGGGAACAUGCCCAUGAGGCAAGGCAUGGGGCCUCCAAGCAUGGAGGCCUCGAGGAAACGGUUCCUUCAUCUGCAUCAACAGCAGCAGCAAGAGGCACUGGGAGGCCUAAGACGAGGAGCAAAAAGACGCAAGAUGGCUGAUAAGGUUCUCCCACAGAGGAUCCGAGACCUGGUCCCAGAGUCCCAGGCCUACAUGGAUCUCUUGGCAUUUGAGAGGAAACUGGAUCAGACCAUUGCCCGAAAGCGUAUGGAAAUUCAGGAAGCCAUCAAGAAGCCUAUUAUGCAAAAACGUAAGCUCAGGAUCUACAUUUCUAACACGUACACCCCCAGCAAACCCGAGGGCGAGGAGGCAGAGAAGGUGUCCUCCUGGGAACUGAGAGUGGAGGGAAAACUUCUGGAGGAACCUGGCAAGCAGAAGAGGAAAUUCUCAUCUUUCUUCAAAAGCCUGGUGAUUGAGCUUGAUAAGGAGCUCUAUGGACCUGACAACCACUUAGUAGAGUGGCACAGAAUGCCCACUACUCAGGAGACGGAUGGUUUCCAAGUCAAAAGGCCCGGCGACCUGAAUGUUAAAUGCACCCUCCUGCUCAUGCUCGACCACCAGCCCCCUCAGUACAAACUGGACCCACGGUUGGCUCGUCUGCUGGGUGUGCACACACAGACGCGAGCCAGCAUCAUGCAAGCCCUGUGGCUCUACAUCAAGAACAACAAGCUGCAGGAUUGUCAUGAGAAGGAGUUCAUCAACUGCAACCGCUAUUUCAGACAGAUCUUCGGCUGUCCUCGCAUGAGGUUCUCUGAGAUUCCCAUGAAACUGGCCAGCCUUCUGCAGCACCCUGACCCCAUCAUUAUCAAUCACAUGAUUAGUGUGGACCCCACAGAUCAGAAGAAGACGGCGUGCUAUGACAUUGAUGUGGAGGUGGACGAUCCACUGAAGGGCCAAAUGAACAGUUUCCUGUCCUCUACAACCAACCAACAGGAAAUUGCUGCGCUGGAGAUUAAGAUUCACGAGACGAUUGAGUACAUCAACCAGCUGAAGACUGAGAGAGACUUUAUGCUGAGCUUCAGCAAUAAACCUCAGGAUUUCAUCCAGGACUGGCUCAAGUCUCAGUGCAGAGAUCUGAAGUUGAUGACGGAUGUGACAGGAAACCCAGAGGAGGAGAGGAGAACCGAGUUCUACCAGGCUCCCUGGGUACCAGAGGCAGUCGGCAGAUACGUUUACUCCAGAUUGCAGCAGAGAAGACAAGAGUUGGAGCAGGUUUUGGGUAUCCGACUCACCUAAGGACAUCUUCCACUGCCAGCUUAAGUUGAUCAAUCAAAUGUUAAUGUCUACUCAAUCUGAAUUGGAAUUUGCCAGGGAAGAAAUAAGUUAAUAUUGCAGCCUAGAUGUUCUCACACCGAUCCACACUGCAUGGUAUGAUAAACCAGCAUUUAGGUGAGAUACAUAAAAGAUAAUAGUUUUAAAAUCAAGUAUAUGGGACCAAAAUGAUUAAAAUGUCCCUAAUAAUAUGUCUGCUUUGCAUUGUAUAUCACUUUUAGCCUGUUCAAAUAACCUUUGCCUUGUUUUGCAAUAUGUUUUGUUUAUGGUACAAUAAGCUUGAACGUUUUUGUGAGCAUCCGUGCUGUGUAGGUGGUUUUCUCCAUCACAAUGUGUGCCAUUUUGAAAAGGGUGUCUGUUUACCUUCACAUUUAAAAGCCAUAAUUUUUUUUAAAGGAGAAGCUGUGUAAAUAUAUAUAUCCGUAGUGAAAUCAUUGUACACCAAAACAAUUUUUUUAUUUUAAAUAUGCAUUAUUUUCUUUCAAAAGCAACAACAUAGGAGUUUUUAAGAUUUCCCAUGACUGAUAGAAAUUAAUAAUAAGCUUUUUAUGCCAACAAUCAUUGUAGGUGCUGUUUUUGUUAUAUAAUGGUGGGUAUCUAAUUUUUAAUGAAACAUGUCUUUACUGUGUAAGAAAGCUCUUUAUUUCAGUCUGCUCUGUCUAGCUGUAAUUCAGCAGCUCUUUUGUUGAUCUUAACAUGCUGUUUUCAUUUGUUAUUGGGGUUGGUAGGGUUAUUGUUAUAAUAUAAGGAAUAUGAACUGUGGCAGGGUGUUCAGAUUAAAGGAUUUUUUCUGGAAGAUCAAUACUUCCCCAAGAAGUUUAACUGAUAUUAACAAAAUAGGAAUGCAGUUGUAGUGUGUCAACUAAACAAUGUACCACAUUGUUAUGAACAGUUUAUAGUUUCGUGGGUGGAUUUUUCACGAAAUGCUAUUUUGUUAUGGUUUUGUAUGAGAGGGUUUUCUAAAUGUCUUUAAACAUUCCAUGUUAAAAGAGGUAUGUAUCACUGUGCCGAAAUUAGUUUUGUGAAAAAGGCACUUGCGUGUUCAAAUGUUUUUUGUACCGCCUCUGUAAAAUGUUUGCAUGUUUUAUCGUGUAUACAGUAUUUUUUACAAUAAAUAUGCUUGCAAAUGUU